AUGAUGGCGCUCCUUCUUCUUGUUUCCCUCCUAGGAACCAAUGCUUUUACAUCUUCCGGUCCACCGAAACCAGAGAAGGUGAACCAACUGAGACAAGAAUUGAUCGACCGAUCAAUGAUCGCGCGGACCUACGCAUUUCGUGCUAUGCAGUACUAUACUAUUUUAAGUAGAGAAAGGAGAAGGCAGUCUACAGGCCAAGAGUUCAGUCUGGAUAAAACGACCGCGAUUAAGCACUAUUUCGCUCUGACAAAGAUUCGGGACGGUGAGCACAAUCAAGCGGAGGCGAUCUACCGUCGAAUAAUCAGCGAAAUCAUGAAUGAAGAUGAAGAUGGCCACUGCGACCAUUCGAAACUGGCUGUGACAACACUGUUGCUUGCCCUGCACUGCCAACGUAUGGGAGACAUUAAAAAAGCUCGUUCUGUCUUUUUGAAUUUUUUCCGUGAGGCUAUUGUGGGAAACGAAGGACACAUUGACGAGUGUGCUUGCUCAGCAAAAGUCCUUGGUGCAUUUAGUCUAUUUGAAUUCAAGCAAGGGAAUAAAAAGAAGGCAUAUGAAAUAGCUCAAAAGGCAGUGGAGCUCGACAGAGAAUUGAUGCCACUUCUCAAGUGGAAACAGUUUGAGGAGGUUAAAAAACGCGGCAUGAAAAGGGAAUUCCAAAAUAUUAAUGGUCGAGUUCUGUUUUCAUUCAAUGCCAAGGCCACGGCUGGGUUCCACUUGACCGUCUCUAUUCCUCCCGGACCCACAUCGAUGUUCCUCUCGACGCCCUCUAGAGAACGCACCCUGCGCGGUGCGAGCGAUGGAUCCUUCGAAAUUGAAGUGGGCUUGGCGGCAGCACAGGCCCCAUAG